GGGAGGGGGGGGGAUGGCUGGCGCCGUUUGGCUCCGCUCGGCUCCCGUCGGCCGCGGUCGGGAUGGACCUGGGGGAGCUGCGCAAGAGCUACCGGGGGGACGCGGAGGCCUUCGAGGAGCAGCACCUGGCUUCCCGCGACCCCAUCCAGCAAUUCAGGGUCUGGUUCGAGCAGGCCGUGGGGUGCCCGGCCAUCGGGGAGGCCAAUGCCAUGUGCUUGGCCACCUGCACCAGGGACGGGAAGCCCUCGGCCCGCAUGGUGCUGCUGAAGGGCUUCGGGCAGGAUGGCUUCCGCUUCUUCACCAACCACGAGAGCCGUAAGGGGAAGGAGCUGGACACCAACCCCUUCGCUUCGCUCGUCUUUUACUGGGAGCCCCUCAACCGGCAGGUACGGAUCGAGGGCUCGGUGAAGCGGCUGCCGGAGGAGGAAUCGGAGCGGUACUUCCACUCGCGCCCCAAGAGCAGCCAGAUCGGGGCUGUCGUCAGCCGGCAGAGCACUGUCAUUCCGGACAGGGAGUAUUUAAGGAAGAGGAACGCGGAGCUGGAGGAGCAGUACAGGGAGACGACGGUGCCAAAGCCGGCGUAUUGGGGGGGCUACAUCCUGCAGCCAGAUGUCAUGGAGUUCUGGCAGGGCCAAACCAACCGCCUGCACGACCGCAUCGUCUUCCGACGCCUGCGGGAUGCCUCGGCCCCCCUCGGAGACAUGACGCAUCGGGGAGAGGGCGAAUGGGUCUUCGAGCGCUUCUCCCCAUGAGGCUGCCGGUGUCUCCGGCCGCGUUCGCCUGAUCAGGAGCGUCACCUAUGCCAAACCUGCCUGCCUGUCCCAUUGUGCCCCGGGGAACGGGGCUGGCCUUGCUCUCCCCUCCCCUGGGAAACGCGUGCUGCACUCUGGGGGUGCUGGAGGGGGGACUCUGGUCCAGCCCCAGAGACCCUUGUCUCCCUUCGCCUCUCCCUGGGGUGGGCAAGAGCCACGGGUCAUUCCAGAGACCAUCCGCAUCCCUCUGCCAGCACAUGGGGAGCGACCGCUCCUGGUGCUGCUGGUUGUUAAUCAAUCAUGUUAAUUAUUGUGGAGGAACCAAGAAAGACCCCAGCAACCCCCCUGCCCAUGUCCUGCUGCUGCCACCGCUCGUGCCUCGUGUUUUAGCUAGAACCGUGCAACGUGCUCCAUCUGUGCAAUAACUUAUUGAAUUACGGCUUUAAUGUCACCACUGUGUCACCGGUGUUUGUGGCUGGCUGUGUGUGCUGCCACCAGUGCACCCCAUCUCCCCGGGGCCAUGGGACCCCAACCCUCAGCUUGCUUCUUUGCAGGGGGCUGGGCUGGCACCACUCCCUGUCCCCCCCGCCCCCAGCUGCCUGUCUGAGCUUGGUAAAAAAAUAAAUCCUGAUCGGUGCAGAGCCA